ACUUCACUUGACCUCCUCUCCUUUGCACUCCAUCAUCGUGCUCAACAUCAUGUCGGUCGUGCCAACCGUCGAGCUCUUUACGACCUCAAUUCUCAGCAACCAUAAGGUCCGCCAUCGUCACGAACGCUACCUCGCCGUCUUUGCCGCCAAGCGCAUCGACUAUGUAUAUCACGACCUCGCCUCCGAUGAAGACGCAAAGAAGCGUUUCAGGAGAAAGGCAGCCGAUCCUCAGAUACCUAACAUACUUGUUCAUAAUGAGUGGCGAGGAACAUUCGAGGAAUUUGAAGAGGCAGUCGAAUUUGGAGAAUUGGACCUGUUUCUGCGCAUAGAUCCAGCCAAGGUGGCAGGCCCGAGUCCAGUGCCGGCGCCAGCAGAGGCACCGACAGAAGCAGCAUCAGCAACGCCAGCCACGACCUCAAAGCUACCACCGGCACCGACCGCAAUGCCAAAGAUGGCUCCCGCAGGCUCCGGCGCGGGUCCCCGCCGUAACUCAAUGGACGACUUCCUCGACUCACUCGAAGCUUGGAAGCCUCAAAUGGACUCCAUGUCAGACGCAGACGUCAGUGCUCUCCUCGAAGAGGGAGAAUCCUCAAAGGCUCGUCAAGCCCACGCCGCCGCACCCAAAGCCCCUCAAGAUACGCGCGACUAUCCUGGGCACCGCAAGCCAAGCGCAGAGGGAGCGGCGGCGCAGCAGGUCAAGCGAACCUACUUUCCUUCAGAGAAGGCGGGGACCAGACCAUUACGCUUACCCAAAAUGGGAGAUGGAGCUCGGGCUGCUUCCUCGCCGGUCCUCAACAAUUCGUCCUCCCCCAGCUCGAGCAAUGACACGCCUAUCUCGCCUAGAAGUCCAGCAGGUCAUUCACGCUUCUCCGUCAGCCAGAACUCCUCUCGCGCCUUGGCCGCAGAAGCGUCUGCAAGCGCAUCGCAUCGCACCUUCUCUGCUAGACAGCUGCGCUCCGGUCUCGACUCGGGCAGGAUGUUGCAGGACGUCAUGGGCGAGCUGAGGGAUUCGGCCUCAUCGCGAAGGAUGUCGAGACAUGGCGGUGUUGGCGGGGAGGCCGAUGCCCUCCUCGAGGAGCUGGGCCUCGCCGAUCUCAAGCUGACAGAGGAAGAGGCAGAAGCCUUCCUAUUGGACGGUGCAGUGCCUGAGGGCUUAGAGCUUGGGGGCUCCAGAUUGAAGCGGGGAGGCACAAAGGCACGCGAGCAUGAGGCGGCAAGAGAUGUCGCCGAGAGGGCUAGAACGCUUGCUGACGAGAGGAGAGCAAGUGCGACUGUUGCCAAGGAGAGGAAGGAGAGGGAGAGGGCAGACUCGGUCGAAGGAGCGAGUGUCGAUAAAGUGCCCGCGCCAGCUGACAUGUCCAAGAAGACGAAGGAGCUUCUGGAGAGAGCCAAGGAGAAAAGGGCAAGCAGGCAGAUUGCUGCUAGUGCUGUGGCGCCGUCGGUGACCGGCGAUGCGGAUGGCGUAGCAGGUCCGGAGGCCUCGGCGAAGCGCGAGUCCUUGCUACCUGCGGCGAUUCUUGAGAAGGCUGCGCAGAAGGAGGAUGCCGGAGAAGUUCCGCCCGAGGAUGUCCACACCAAAGAGAGCGGGGAGGCCGACGAGGAGCCAUCGUCAGUCACGACUGAGGCUGAUCCAGCAGAGAAAAACGGCGGAAAGCAGACAAAAGGUGAUGCCGCGCCUUCACGCGAGGAGUCUGAGGAGGUAGAGACAAGCAAGACGUCCGAGGAUGCCACGCCCGACAUACCUACGCCAGCCGCUGAGCCUACCAUAGAGUCAGCAGCAUCAAGCGAACUACAGCAAGAAACGCCUCCGCCUGGUCAGACGGCCGCUGCUUCGAGCUCCAACGUCGAUCAAGCAAACGACUCUCCUUCUCCUGAGGAAACGCCCAAGGUCCGACAACCCGCCCUUCCCGCAUCCACAGUCGCGCCGCCACCUCCAGCAGCACCGGACUUUGCCACCAACGCUCGCGCCGCGACAGCAGGCGAAGACGAGGAGAUUGACGACCUCUUUGCGAGACUGAGCGGGCUGGGUGAGAAUCAAAGGCUCUCGGCUGUCUUGGGCCCUUCCUCGUCGUCUGCUCAAGACAAGCCGACCAGCGAGGAGAAGAGUGGUCUGAACGGAGCUGGAUUGGAGAAGGUGGAUGAGGAAGAAAGCAAGGCGGAUGAGCCUGCUGACAAGGGCGAGGAGCGCGGGGCGAGCUCUACGGCCCCUCGAGAGGCGGUGACGCCUGCCUCGCCAUCAGCAGGCCAAAACCCCUCAGCAGCACCAGACAGCGUCACCUCCCCAACCUCCUCCGCGCAACCUCUCUCCGCCGCAAGCAUGAAUCGCUCCGUCAGCAGCACAAGCAAUGCGAGCGGCACCUCAUCCUCCGCCUCCUCCUCUGCCCGCAAGGCUCGACCAAGUGAGCCAAACUCAGCAGGCUCGCGCAAAGGCAUGGACCUCACCCGCCGGCCAUCGUACAACAAUCUCGCCUCUCCGCCGCUGCGACCGAGCAAUGUUAGCGGUGGCGCACCGAACUCUGCCCCGCCCGAGGGAUACCACAGUCCUGCCUCGCCCACGUCACCGAAGAGUCCGACACUGAAAGCUCGCCUGAAAUCAUUUGGCUCUCUGGGCAAUCUGAGCGGAGCGAGCAGGAAGAGCUCGUCCACCAGUGGUAGCAGAAGUGGGACGCCUGCGUCUCCUCCUGGGUCGGCGGGGAGUAAAAUGUCCUUCAAUGGGGAUGCAGUAUCCCCUUCUUCAAGCUUAAGGAGCCAGAAGACUUUGAGUCAGAUUCUGAGGGACGCGGAUGCUGCUAUGGCUGGGGAGGAUGACGAUGAUGAGGAUGGAAGUGGUGUGGGACCGACAGAAGAGGAUGAGGCGGAUGAUGGUUUGGGAAGGGCGGAGAUACGUAUUUGAGCAGAGCAGGUCAGACGCUGCGCCGCGCCGCGCCGCGCUACUAUACCCCAUCAGCGACCUCAGCGACAGACAUUGUAGCAUCGCUAUGCCAUUGAAAGCUAUUGUACAUUGCAGCGAGCCGCCGGGCCUAU